AACACUGGUCUGGGAAACAAUAAACAAACACAACAAGCGCUGCGUAAAAAGCUCUCGCGGAUUUGGAAGGUGCGCGCGGACAACUCCGGCCGGUGUUCCAGACGCAAAAGAAGAAGACUCCGACGUUCCUGGUUGUUUAUUCUCCUUUUCUUUUUUUCCUUUUUUUUGUCCUUAUGUGAAAACGAGGAUAUCUUAAUUGGACAUGUGAGUUAUCUGGAGUUAACAAGACAAGCGUUUCAAGAUGAAGUUCGCCGCUUGCGUCCUCGUCACUCUGCUGGUGAUCGGAUCUGGUGCGGCGCAGUCAGUUUGUCCUGGCACAGAGAACAAGUUGAGCACUCUGUCUGACCUGGACCAGCAGUACCGCACCCUGAAGAAGCUCUACGAGAAUUGUGAAGUGGUCAUGGGCAAUUUGGAGAUUACGAGCAUUGAUCGGAACCGCAACCUAUCCUUCCUCAAGUCCAUCAGAGAGGUGACUGGCUACGUCCUGGUGGCUCUAAACCAGUUUGACUACCUGCCCCUGGAGAACCUCCGGAUCAUUCGAGGCACUAAACUGUACGAGAGGCGCUACUCGCUGGCCAUCUUCCUCAACUACAGACGAGACGGGUACUACGGCCUGAGGCAGCUGGGCCUCCGCAACCUCACAGAAAUCCUGAAUGGGGGUGUUUAUGUUGACCAGAACCAAUUCCUGUGCCACGCAGACACCAUCCACUGGCGGGACAUCAUCAAGAACCCUCAGGCUGAGCUCCUGGUGGUGCCGACUAACAACAGCAACCAAUGCAGACGCUGUCAUCGCUCAUGCAACGGCCGCUGCUGGGGCCAUCAGGAGGACCAGUGUCAGACAUUGACAAAGACGGUGUGUGCAGAGCAGUGUGACGGUCGAUGCUUCGGGCCUUACGUCAGCGACUGCUGCCACCGCGAAUGCGCCGGCGGCUGCUCGGGCCCCAAGGACACAGACUGCUUCGCUUGCACCAAUUUCAACGACAGCGGAGCGUGCGUGACCCAGUGCCCUCAGCCGUUCGUGUACAACCCCACAUCCUUUCAGCUGGAGCACAACCCCCGGGCCAAGUACACCUACGGGGCCUUCUGCGUCAAGAAAUGCCCACAUAACUUUGUGGUGGAUCACAGCUCCUGUGUCAGAGCAUGUCCCAGCAACAAGAUGGAAGUGGAGGAAAAUCGCAUCAAGAUGUGCAUCCCUUGCACAGACAUCUGCCCCAAAGUGUGUGACGGUAUAGGGACAGGCAGCCUGCAGACAGCUCAAACAGUGGACGCCAGUAAUAUUGACAAAUUUGUCAAUUGCACCAAAAUCAACGGCAACCUCAUUUUCCUGAUCACUGGCAUCAAAGGGGACAUGUAUCAUGGUAUUGGCCCUUUGGACCCUGAGCGUCUCAAUGUGUUUCGCACUGUGAAGGAGAUCACAGGAUACCUCAACAUCCAAUCAUGGCCCGAAAACAUGACAGAUCUGAGUGUUUUCUCCAACCUGGCAACCAUCGGAGGCCGAUCACUUUACAGUGGCAGUGGUAUUUCCCUGCUGAUCCUCAAGCAGCGCUGGAUCUCUUCCCUCCAGUUCCAGUCUCUGGACGAGAUCAGCGCCGGCAACGUUUACAUCUUCAACAACAGCCGCCUGUGCUUUUACAACACGGUCAAUUGGACCUCGCUGUUCAGGACGCCCAACCAGAAGGUCCUCAUUCGCAACAACAGGGACCCAAAGGAAUGCAUUCAACAGCGUAUGGUGUGCGACCGAAUGUGUUCAGACGAUGGCUGCUGGGGCCCGGGGCCAGACCAGUGUCUUUCCUGCAGAUAUUUCAGACGGGGCCGUACCUGUGUAGAAUCCUGCAACCUCUUUGACGGGGAAGUGCGGGAGUUUGCCAACGGAUCCGUGUGCCUGGAGUGUGACAGCCAGUGUGAGAAGAUGGAUGGUAACACCAUGACAUGCCUUGGACAGGGCCCAGACCAAUGUGUAAAAUGCCUCCACUUCAAAGAUGGACCCAACUGUGUGGAGAAGUGUCCAGAUGGGGUGCAGGGGGCCAAUAGUUUCAUCUUCAAAUAUGCCAAGGCCAACAACGAGUGUCAUCCCUGCCAUGCCAACUGCACCCAGGGGUGCGUCGGGCCAAGACUCCAAGAUUGUGUCGGGAUGAUGGACAGGACUCCCCUAAUAGCAGCUGGCAUUAUUGGCGGCCUAUUUAUCAUCGUCAUUCUGGCGCUCAGCGUGGCUGUUUAUGUCCGACGCAAAAGCAUCAAGAAGAAGAGGGCCUUGCGGCGUUUUUUGGAAACAGAGCUCGUGGAGCCCCUGACCCCCAGUGGAACAGCUCCCAAUCAGGCUCAGCUGCGGAUCUUGAAAGAGACUGAACUAAAGAGGGUCAAGAUUCUCGGUUCGGGAGCUUUUGGAACCGUUUACAAGGGCAUCUGGGUCCCGGAGGGUGAGACGGUGAAGAUCCCUGUUGCUAUUAAAAUCCUAAAUGAAGCCACCGGUCCUAAAGCCAACGUCGAGUUCAUGGACGAGGCCCUGAUCAUGGCCAGCAUGGAGCACCCCCACCUUGUGCGCCUGUUGGGCGUCUGCCUGAGCCCCACCAUCCAGCUGGUCACCCAGCUCAUGCCUCACGGCUGCCUCCUCGACUAUGUGCACGAGCACAAGGACAACAUCGGAUCACAGCUGCUGCUCAACUGGUGUGUCCAAAUCGCCAAGGGGAUGAUGUACCUUGAGGAGAGGAGGCUGGUCCACAGGGACCUGGCAGCCCGCAACGUACUGGUCAAGUCGCCCAAUCACAUCAAGAUCACCGACUUCGGCCUGGCGCGGCUGCUCGACGCCGACGAGAAGGAGUACAACGCAGACGGGGGCAAGAUGCCUAUCAAAUGGAUGGCGCUGGAAUGCAUCCACUACAGGAAGUUCACCCAUCAGAGUGAUGUGUGGAGUUACGGAGUGACAAUCUGGGAGCUGAUGACAUUUGGAGGCAAACCAUACGACGGAAUCCCCACAAGGGAAAUCCCGGACAUCCUGGAGAAGGGAGAGCGCCUGCCCCAGCCGCCCAUUUGCACCAUAGAUGUCUACAUGGUCAUGGUGAAAUGUUGGAUGAUAGAUGCAGACAGCAGGCCCAAAUUUAAGGAGCUGGCUGCCGAGUUUUGCAGAAUGGCCCGCGACCCACAACGAUAUCUGGUUAUUCAGGGGGAUGACCGCAUGAAGCUGCCCAGCCCCAACGACAGCAAGUUCUUCCAGAGUCUUCUGGAUGAAGAGGACCUGGACGACCUCAUGGACGCUGAGGAGUACCUGGUGCCUCGCGGUUUCAACAUGCCUCCUCCGUCGUACGCCACCAGGCCACGUGUCGACUCAAACAGAAAUCAGUUUGGGUAUCGAGAUGGUGGUCCGAACCCCGCAGAGGGCUCUGUGGCAGGUGCCCAAGCCUGCAUAAACCAAGAAGCCUCAGGAGGCCAAGGUCCGGCCCCGGAGGACCAGCGCUGCAACGGGAGUCUGCAUAAGAAGAGCCUGAGCCAAGCAGUCGGGGAGGACAGCGGGGGCCAGAGGUACAGCGCUGACCCCACCAUUUUCCUGGGCGAAAGGACAUCCAGAGGGGACACGGAUGAGGAUGGAUACAUGACCCCCAUGAAGGACAAGAACUCCUCAGAAUACCUGAAUCCAAUUGAGGAGAACCCGUUUGUCUCACGGCGUAAAAACGGUGAGAUCCAUGCCUUGGACAACCCAGGCUAUCACAGCACACCCAACAGCCAGCCCAAAGGAGAGGACGAGUACAUCAACGAGCCCCUCUACCUCAACACCUUCCAUAGUCCUGCAGACCUGGGCCUGGAAGCUCUGAGGAGAAACGGCCUGCCGCUUCCCACUCAGCCACCAGCUUCCAUCUCAGCAACAACCUCAGCCUCCCACCUUCCUCUGACCAUCCAGACAAGCCUGCCCCACUACCCCCUCCCCACAGUCCAGCCCUCUCCGUCUGGUAUGCCCUGCCACCACGGCCCACCGACCCACAUCCUCCACGCCCAUCACACCAUCAAACCUGCAGGACAGCCUGGCAAUCCAGGUGGUGGCUCCAUUGGUCAGAGCCAAACAGGGACUACUGCCCAAGUCCAGGUGUGUCAGUCAGGCUCCUUGUCCACUUCAGCCACCAUCGGGCACGGCAGUCUGCCAGCCUACCAGAGCCUCACCACCACGCACCCAGCGAGCAUGCUCAAGCACGGAGGACAGACGUCUGGUAAAGCCAGUGGUAAGAAGCUGAAGGUGACCUUUGACAAUCCAGAAUACUGGCAGCACAGCUUGCCUCCCAAGUCGACUAACCAGGUGGUCCCUGAUGGCGCCCAGGGGGGCUCCACUAAUGCCAAGCUCUUCUAUAAGCAGAACGGACACAUACGGCCGGCGGUCGCUGAAAACCCGGAAUAUAUGUCGGAGUUUUCCCUGAAAUCAGGCACCGUCCUGCCACCUCCACCUUACCGACAGCGGAACACUGUGGUCUAGAUUGGUUCCACUCCCUGAGUGUGACUCUAGCCUCCAGCAGCCCCUAACAUCCUCUCCGGUUCCACUGUUCUCACACAGAGGGGAGCGGCAACAACCAGCGCUGCCCCCCACACAUACAAAAAAACAUUUUUUCCAAAUAACGUGCCAUCUGCUGUAGACUGUAGCGACAUCAGAGGGAGAGGCGAACCACGCAGACCAGACUCAAGCACCUUCUCCGUAUCAUAUCCAGUCCAUUUCUGUUCUGUAGAUAGAGACUGAGCUCCGAGUCACUGAAAAUGUGAAGGUUAGUUUUGGGCGUGACUGUACCGCAGCAGUGGACGUAUGGUGUUGUCUUGACGAGGGACUUGAACUCACUGCCAACCACUGCGGUGUCAAAUUCAUAAGAGGAACAAGAACUUUGACUUCAUAUUUUCUGGUCUAUUGUCUGCUUAAAUAAUACAGCAGACAGAACAAACAGUUUUGAGAAUGACCUGGUAGAAUGUGGCAAAAGCGCAAAAACGUCAGGAAAAAAAUACUGAGUUGAUUUUCAGUGAGACAAAAGACGGAGCACUGAAAGCUGAUCAAUCAUAUCCAAUCUUUUUGCCUAUAGGAUUAUACUCUGUGUUGUCAAAUUUUCCAUUGAAUAUGUGAAACUCAUCUCAUCUUUCUACUGUAACUGUGAUACUGUGACGGCCAAAACUACAGUGUUCUCUUCUUUUGCAUUUGUAGUUCAACCAUAGACUUUCAAACUUUACCCGAAAACUUGCGGGGCAGCCGCUGUGUUGUCUUUGCCAGACUGCUGUGGAAAAGCUGAUCAGAAGCAGCAUUUCCCUGCCAAAGGCUAUAAGGGACAAAAAAACACACUGUAAACAUUUUUACAAACACUGGUUGCAGUGUUAAAACGGUUGAUUUGUAUACACUGGUUUUCCCAUUCAGAUCAUGAAGGUAGUUUAGAUGAGUUAAGGUUGAGAAUGGGUGAUAGUGAAUAAGACCAUCCGUGAAGCAGCUGUACUCAAAAUGGCGAUCGUAGAAACGGAGAGAGCAGUAGAGCAAAAGAAGAAUCUACAGAGAGAGGAGUUAAAGUUCAUACAAGCCGCUUAAUGAGGACCUCAAGGAAUGAACAAGACAGCACCAGCAGAGCACAGUAAAAACAUUAGUGUGUGCGUGUGUGUUGGUUUAUGUUAUUGUGUUCACAUAUUAGCGAAUAUUGGCUCCACUGGGAUGUCUCUGGGAAAGAUAGUACUCAGUGAAGACAGGGUUACCAGCGAAAUAAACCCUCUCUAACCUUCUGCUGCUAGCUAACAGUAGACACAACAUUAGCCUGACCUCAAACAAGGCUGUCAGCACAUGAGACAUGACAUGAUAUCACAGAAAUGGGCAGCACUUUACGUUACAGCUCGGUGAUAACAUUUUAUUAGUAGAGUAAUAAUGAUUAAAAACGAAGCGAUACCAUAGGAAUUACCAAAGUGAAAUUCAGUUAAUAAUUAAUGGGUAGAUUUGCAUACCGUUCCAAUGAAAUGUAUGCAACAGGGUGACGGGGCAAAAACAAUAAUGGAAAAACAAUGAAAUCUUAGUGUAUUAGUGCAAUUAUUCCAUUAAACAUUCUAGUACGAUGACAUAAAUUGGGGUAAUAGUGUGAUGAAUUUCCAAUUUUACAAGAUACUACCCUUGAAACCACCUUAAGAGUUUGAUCAAAUUGGAAAUUACCAUAUUAUGCUGCUGAAAUACAUUCUCUUUUGCCCCAAGGUAACAGUGGACGAAUUAAACAUUUAAUGCGGUGACUUGUUGCCUGAAAAAAAGUUGCAAUAAAGUUUAUUUUUCGACCUUGAAGGAAGGCUACAAAAUGGUAAACUACCUGUUUCUAUUGAAUCUCAUGCUAACCUUAGAUUAAAUGGAACAUCAAGAGUCGUGACCGUAUUACUGUAUCUGUAAUGUAAAGUGCUGCAACUGAAAAACAAUACAUUUUUAACGUGGAGAAUCAGAAACUUUUCAACAGCAACAACACUCAGCAACUCUCUUGAGAGCUUUGCACAUUUGUAGAUGACUCUUGUUUAUUUUGGAUAGGUCGUACACUUUUCAAGCAAGAUUUUGUGAUAUAUUUUUUGUUAUUGUGCCAAAAGACUCAGCCUAGAGAACAGAUAAUACUUGGAUCCCUUUCUUUGUUAUCAUUCAUCCAGUGUCGGCACAAAAUAUUCAUGUCAUCCUCAGAUACUUAUAAUUCUGCAGCAGAUUUAAGCAGGAAAUGGAUGCUUAUUAUUCUUCCCACCACGUCUCUGCUCUUGUAGACUUUCUUAUAUAAUUUGUUCUUGGAUUCGUCAUUGGUAUAUGACUACACAAAGGGAAGUAAUGACUAAUAAAGGCUGGUCAUAGUUUGAAAUACACGCAAUUUGGACCAACAAUACCAUCCGUAUACGUCAGCUUUUUGGUUGUUUAUAAUAAUUGCUGCAACUAUUUAUUAUUUAAACAGAUUUAACCAUUGUUUCUUACAACCACUGUCCACCUUUUGCCUCCAUCGUCGGCUAGAGACUAUAUGUAUAUGUUCCCUUCUGCUACUUUUACGUGCUGAGUCUGUUUUUGCCGGUGCUGGCUGCAUUUGAAGUAUCAUAUACCCUUAUAUGUGUCUAUUUAUAAGCCUAUAUUUAUUGGCAGUUGACUGUGCUGCAGCCGAAAGUGUACAUUGAACUGUACAGUAAAAAGCUGCUAAAACAAACUUAGGUUAAACUUCCUCUACUCCCUUAAGCUGUAACAUAUUACCAUCAUUGAAUUUUUAUCACCGUGCUGCAAGAUUGGACGCAGAUUGAGUAUAUUUCUGAUCUGUUGAGACUUUCAAGCUCCAGUGAAAGUAUCCUGGUGGCGUUUUACUCUUGAGGUUUCCGAUCGAACACUGAUUGUCCCUUCGCACUCAAGGGAACUGUAACCAUUACUACUGACGCCUCUGUAGGAAAACUGCCAGUCAAUGCUGCUAAAAGCGCUGGUGUUAACAGCCAUUCUUGCUUCUUGCCAAGCCAUACAGAACAUCUGUGGGUGAGAAAACACCUCAAAGCUCGCCAAACUUAGAAGAUCAACAUAGAAAUCUUGUUACUUGGGUUUUCCUUAGAGGUUCCUUUGCAACACGUGACUAGAAUGACAUUUUAAUUCAGUAAAUGUGGACUAGAUGUUAUUUCUGAACCUUUAGUAAGUUUCCGAUGAUCAUGAUAACUUUCCUUUGUCAUUCUUUCAACAUCUUUUCAUCAUUCUGUUCCAACAGAGCCAUGCCCAAGCUGUUGUUGUGUAUUUAGUGUUUUUUAGUGUAAGUGUGUGUGAACGUGUACGUCUGAGCAUAUGCACAUGCAGAGCUGUAUAUGUUUGUUCUCCCCACGGAGCACUUUGAUCAAACUCGCGGGUAGAAAGAAAGGAUUUCCGCCAUGCGUUACUGAAAUAUUCAACUUGUUUAUCGGAUCGUUUACCACUUCAGAAAACAGAAGUCAGAGGAAGGUACCCCAGCCAGGAGUUCAUGAAGAAAACACAGUUUAGGUGGUACUGACCAGCUUCAAGAACGUUAUGGAUUUUGUUUUCUUCAAACAGUAUUUCUUUUGCCGCUUUGAUGAUAUCAUGAUUAUUUGAUGAAGGAGUAUUUUGUAGUCCCUUUCGGAGCUCUAAUGAAAUGGAGACAGCAUUUAAUAUAAAUAUGAAAUAUUUAUUGCAGGCUUGUUUAUACCGAGUGAUGGAAGUGACUGCCAAAUCUGGGUUUCCAAGAAAGGACAGUGGUUAAAAAGAAAAAAAGAAAGAAAAUAGAAAAUCACAUGCCUUGUUUCUGUCUGUCUUGUUUGUUCCAAAUCGUCCUGCAAACCCUGGCAAGAUAUGUUUUGGAUUCAGAUAGAGCUUGAAACACCGAUGCGAUGUCAGGCUUCACAUGUUCCUGAGUGUCCUUCAUGUCUCCUACAGGAGGGUUAUAUACGACUAAACUGCAAUCCCAUGGAACAGUUUUGAGUCACUGCAAAAUGUAAAUAUUGUCCCUUUUUUGACACUUAGUUUUGAUUAGUUAUUUAUUAUUUUGUCAUACAGAACAUAACUAACAACAAUUGGCAUCAGACAAUAGUCACAGUCUAAUUGUAAAGAUAAUUUAGGUUACAGUUAUGAAAUAGCAAUCAAGUUACCUAAUUAAUUAACUUUUUAGAGCAGCAGUUUAUAUAACAUUUCACAAGACUAUAAGACAAACCACACAUUGUUUUUAAAGAAACUAAUCCAUUUGCCCCAUUUUAUUAUGUGAAGUUCAGCCUGCAGCCUCAGCAUGAAUGUUAAUCUCUCCAUUUUGUGAAUUUCAUCAACUAGUAAAUAUUGUUCUUUUAUAUCACUAAGGCUUGGUCUCAGGAACAGCCACUGUCCUGUCCUAUGUUAGCCAUCAAAAGCAAGUAUCUGUUUUAGAGCAUUUAGAACAAAUGACAAUAGGAGGUGGAGUUGUUUUUCUUAAAGUUGAGUGGGGAUUACUGUAAUUUUCAUAUUUCCUAAAUAGAGUUCAGAGGUGUUGAUAGGGAUUAAACAGAGGACAUGAGCUCACAAACAGCUGAAUCCACCAAAGACCCAAACACCUGCUGGCAAACAAAAGUAUCCACUGAGCUAAAAUGUAUAAAACCCAUUGAUCCACUAAUCCUAUCAAUACAAGUAAAUAAUGGAGAUAAAAUGUAGUUUGU